UAUCCACAAUUCAACAUAAUCUCUCGCUUAGAAAAUACCGAGAGUAGGCGAUUAAACUGUGCAGCUCUUUGCAAGCUUCACCAGCUUUUAUGUCGCAGACGAACCAAGGCCACCCCCCAGAGGGCACUAUUUCGACUUUUGUAUGGGAGCAGACCUCCUCGCUCCCACGCAUUCACUUUCAUAUCAUUGCGAAUGAAGUGAACCAGAGCCUUGAAUUCAUGGCCGAAACGCAGGAGCCACUAGACGAAGCACAGAUUAAGCAGAUCAGGGAAAUUCUGGAAAAGCCGCGAGACAGUCCUCCGCCUAGUGAUGCCGAAUUUGAAUUAUUCCGCUAUGAUGUUGAGCGGCAUGGCUUUGUCAACGCGCUAAAGCUGCACAACUUUUCGCAGGAAGGGAAGGAAGACGCAUUUUGCGAGGAGAGCGAUCAGAAACAUGAGAGCAUCGGACAGGACGAGAGCAUCGGAGAGGAAGAGAGCAUCGGAGAGGAAGAGUGCGUCGGACACAAGAACGAUUAACCGCCUCUACGAGAUCAUUCUGGAUGCAAAAGUCUGAUCAAGCCGGGUCACGUCAUAACCGCGAUGGGCUAUCUCCUUAAUCGUCUCUAUGGCACACAGUUCACAUUUCAGCUUCCAUGCGGGUACGGCUGAUUUGUCGAAGCCACUGUAGAAUCAAGCGGAGUCUUCAAAAUGUUUGCAGCGUGGAUGGCGACAGUGCCACUGAUUGGGUUCGUGAAGGCCAAGAUGGCGAAGAAUGAGGCUUUUCCACUCGCUCACAUUCAGG